AUGGCAACAAAAGGAGAGCUGGAAAUCCAGACACGAGGCCUACCCGAAGCCUCUUCCUCGAGAGAUACAAGUCCACCAGCACCAGCCGGACCUAAGCCCUGGGAGAAGCCGGGAUUCGUUGGUGCUACGCGCCGUACUCUUCGAUCAAUUCAACGAUAUGUUUGGGACAAUCCAGAUAAGUCCGCUGAAGAGAAGUGGUUCUUGCGGAAGUUGGACACUUUUCUCUUGGUCGCUGCCUGCCUCGGCUACUUCAGCAAGAACCUAGAUCAAUCGAAUAUCAACAACGCAUACGUCUCAGGAAUGAAAGAGGCAUUGCACAUGACUGGGAGCGAACUAACAUAUGCCGGCAAUUGUUUUACUGCAGGAUAUGUUGUCGGCCAGUUGCCCGCAGUCAUGUUGGCAACAAAAGUUCGCCCUUCUAUCCUCAUUCCCACGCUCGAGAUUUUCUGGUCUGUCUUGACCUUUUGCACUUCGUCGAUAAAGACUACGUCCCAUCUGUACGCCAUUCGAUUUCUGAUUGGGCUUUGUGAAAGCGGUUACUUCCCUGUUAUGAUCUAUCUUAUUGGAAGCUGGUAUACGAAAGAAGAAAGAGGCAAGCGUACAGCCUUGUUUUAUUGCACGGCAGCUCUCGCAGGCAUGUUUAGUGGGUACCUGCAAGCCGGAGCGUACAAGGGCCUGGACGGAGUGCACGGGAGAGCGGGCUGGCAGUGGCUAUACAUCGUCUGUGGCGUCAUCUCACUCCCUAUCGCUUUCCUGGGUUACUUCUUCAUCCCCGAUUUCCCGGAAACUACCAAGGCCUUCUAUAUCACGAAAGAAGAGGCACAGCGGCAGUGCCAGCGCCUGAUCAACGAAGGACAGAAACCCCUUGGGCAUAAUCCAUGGACGCGAAAAAAGUUCUUCCACAUCGCAAAGCAAUGGCAAUUCUGGGUCUUGCCCCUCGGAUAUUGGUUCGUCCAAGGAAGCUUCCCCGUCUACCAACCCGUCAUGGCCCUCUGGUUGAAGUCCAAGGGUCAUUCCGUCUACGAGAGGAACGUCUGGCCAACUGGACAAGUUGCUGUUGGCGUUGUCGUACAGCUGUUGGCUGGUGCGCUUUCAGAUUCGCCGCUGUUGAAAGGACGUCGCUGGCCAGCCAUUGUCGUCAUGCAGGCUGGAACCUUGAUUGGUGUAGUCAUACUGGCGGCUUGGCAUGUGUCUGAUAACGUGAAGUUCUUCGCGUACUAUAUUGCGUAUUUCUCUGCUGGCGUACCUGGUCCUUAUUUUGCGUGGUACGCGGACCUCAUCCCCCACGAUCACGAGAUGCGAGGCUUCGUUAUCGCGGCGUCGAACAUGUUCAGCUACACCAUGUCUAUCUGGUAUACAAUCGCAGUGUGGAGGACCGCAGACGCGCCGCGCUUUAAGACAGGUUUCACAGCGGCUUCUACCUUGGGUGUAGCGAUGAUAGUAUUGACGCAGAUACUUCGAUUGCUGCAGAAGACAGACACCAAGAGGAGGGCGCGAGAGAAUGAGGCCGUACAAGAUGUGGAAGCGCCUGUAGCAUCAAACGCCAGUUCCGAGGUUGCGACUGAUGCGGGGCUUGGGAAGGAAGUGGCGGUUGGGCAGAAGUAA